AUGUCCGAGACCGAGAGCUUCGACAUCGUCCAGCCCGAGGAGGCUGUCGCUUCUCCUACCGAGGCCCACGCCGAGCCCGAGAGCCCACAGGCAGCGACUCCUGCCUCGCCUGAGACGCCGGCUAAGGAGAAUGGAGACAAGAAGCCAGUUGUGAAGCGACCUGGGGCUGCCUCGGCCACGAGCGCUACUCGUCGCCCAGGCUCGACGUCGACGGCUACCAAGCCUACCGCCGCCAGCACUCGCACUGCUACUGGGCUGAGCAAGCCCCCGACUCGACCUCCCACCUCCACUGUCCGCAGGACCGCGACCUCGUCGACCUCGACUUCGAGCCACAAGAGCAGGCUUAGCAUGAGCGCGAGCGAAGACGACAAGAAGUCGACCACUUCGAGCGCUUCGGCUCGCAGGACGAGUUCCAUCAUGUCCAGCCCUGGCAAGGCAGCCGAGAGGAGGCCUCUUAGCUCUGCUACUGGCUCAGCUACGGCGACACGAAGACCCGGAACCACGACGACCACGACGCCGCGGACCGCGACAAGCACCCGAACCUCGACCGCCCACCCCCCCACGGCGACACGAACUACUGCCACUCGAACAGCGAGCGCCACCCCUACUAGUGAUGCCCGAAAGCGCCUGUCUACCUCGGGACCUUUGACUGCCUCUCGCACCGCGACUCGACCUACCUCCGCUUCUUCGGAGGCUACCAAGGAGAUUGAGUCGCUCAAGGCUAAGCUGGCCGAGAGCGAGCACGAGAUUGAAGCCCUGAAGGCUGAGGUGAAGACCUCGGAGGAGAAGCUUGCCGAACUCACUGAGCAGGUCCACAAGGCGGCAGGUGACGAUACAGGUUCCCAUACCAUUGGCGAGGACCUUGCUGCUAUCAAGGCUGAGCAUGAGUCGGCUGUUGCUGCCCUGACGGGGCAGGUGUCUGAGGCGAACGAGAAGCUCGAGACUGCGCAAGCUGAGCUUGAGAAGCUCCAGACAGAGCUUGACGCUGCCGUGGCCGCCAAGGAGACUACUGAGAGCGAGCUUGAAUCGCUGAAGAAGCAGCUUGAGACCGCUCAGGCUGAAAGCGAAGAGAGGCUUGCUUCUAGCAAGGAAGAACUCCAGAAGGCCAUUGACGAGCACGCUUCCCAAAUUGAGGAGCUCAAGACCUCUCUUGAGGCCCAGAAGACAUCUGCCAUCGAGGCCUUGGAGACUAAGCACAAGGAGGAGCACGACAAGGAUCAGGCUGAUGUUUCCUCCCACGAGACUGCUCUGGCGGAUCUCAAGGCCAGCCACGAGGCUGCUACCGCUGAGCUGCAGAAGAAGAUCGACGAACUGACUGCAUCUCAGUCUGCCCUCGAGUCCGCCAGCGACGACAAGCUCAAGUCUGAGCAGGAGGCCCACACGGCCAAGAUCGCUGCCCUUGAGGCCCAGGUUGCUGACACCAAGGUUGCCCUUGCGCUUGCCGAGACGACUGCUCAGACGGUGAAGGCCGAGGUCGUGUCUCUUAACGACGAGAUUAGCAAGCUCCAGAGCAGCUUGGCUGAGAAGGAGACUGAACUUGAGGCGGCCAAGCAGGAUCUUACCAAGGCCCAGGAGGAGGCUACCGCUGCCAAGGCUCAGGCUGAGGAGGCCCAGAAGGCUCUCGCUGAGAAGGAGGAGGAGAUUGUCAAGGUCAAGGAGAUGCAGGAAGAGCGAAUGAAGAGCAUUUCCCAGGAUUACGAGCAGGAGAUUGAGUCUCUCCGAGGAGACGCCUUCUUCAAGCGCAAGUUUGAGGAGCUUGAGGGUCAGCACAAGGAACUUGAAGACCAGCACAACGAGCUCAAGACCUCCACUUCAGAGGCUGCCGAGGGCCACGCCAAGGCCCUCGAGGCUGCCAAGGCUGAGCACGCUGCUGCUGUUGCUGCUCUGGAGGAGAAGCAGGCCGAGCAUCAGAAGAACCUUGAUGCCCUUCGUGCUAGCCAUGCUGAGGAGCUCGAGUCUUCCAAGAACACUGCGGCCGCUGACCGGGAUACCCGCAUUGCGGAGAUUGAGUCCCUGAAGGAGAGCCACGCCAAGCAACUGGAGAUUCUGAAGACCGAGGGCGCGUCCACCCACACCGACGAGCUUGAGGCUCUCAAGGCUGCUCACGCCAGCGUUCUGGAGACACUCAAGAAGGAGCAUGCUGAGGAGAAGGAGAACCUCGUCGCUGGCCACGCAUCUGAACUGGCUACGGCCAAGGAAGGAAGCGAGACCGCGCAUGCUACCGAGAUCGCUAAGCUCAAGGCUGAGCUCGACGAGGCCCGAGAAGCUGGCGAGGUCGCUCAUGCUACUGAGAUUGCAAAGUUGAAGGCUGAGCUGGAUGAUGCUCGAGAGGCAGGCGAUGCUACUCACGCAGCCGAGCUGGAGGCCCUGAAGGCCAAGGCCGAGGCUGACAAGGAAGCAAGUGACAAGGCGCACGCCGAAGCCUUGGCCAAGGCUCUGGAAGAGAUUGAGGCCGCGAAGACUGCUGGCAACGAUGCUCAGGCGGCUAAGAUCGCUGCCCUCGAGGCUGAGCACCAGGCUGCCAGAGAAGCGACUGAAAAGGCCCACAGCGAGGAAAUCCUGGCAUUGAAGAGCCAACUGGAGGCCCAGAGCGCGGACGACAAGAAGCACGCCGAGGAGUUGGCCAGCUUGAAGGCCGAGCUCCAGAACGCCAAGGAUGAGCUUGAAAAGGCGCAGGCUUCCAAGAAGCAGGCCAUUGAUGAGGCUCGCUUCGAACUCGAGCAAGAACACGCUGCUGAGGUUGAGAAACUCCUGUCCUUCAACGGUGAAGUCCUGGAGCGUAUGAAGAACGAGGGCGCCGAGGCCAAGAAGGAGCUGGAGGAGCUCACUGCUAAUCACACCAAGUCGAUCGAUGAUAUGAUGACGCAGCACCGAAACAACGAUACUCAGCUGGAGAACAAGAUUGAGAAGUUGACGGAGACCAACCAAGGUCUGGAGGCUGAACUCCAGAAGGCUCAGGUUGAGGUUGAGGAGCUGUCCCACCAGCUGGCCCAGGAGAAGACGGAGCGAUUCACAGCGCUUGCUGAGCUUGAGGAGGCAAGGAACGUCAAGCCUGAUACUUCUGAGGUGGAUGCCCUGAAGAGGGAAAUCGCCACGAUGAAGAAGUUCCACGAGGAUGCCCUUGCCGGCGUCGAUGCCGAGCUCAAGUCAACCACUGGUCGCUACGAGAGUGCACAGGGAGAUCUAACUGCUGCUCAGACUCAGCUCUCAGCCCUCAAGGACGACUUGGCCCUUGCGCAGAAGGACCUUGAAGCUGUCAAGGCUGAGGCUGAGGCCAAGCAGAAGACCGCCAAGGCCGACUACCAGGAUAUGCACGACAGCCUGACUGGCAUUGCCGAGGAGGCCCAGAAGACGGCCAAGGAUCUGGAGGCGAAGCUUGCUGAGGCGGUGGCCAAGGUUGAGGAUGGAGAGAAGCAGGUGGAGGUUCUCGAGGCCCAGAUCAAGGUCAAGGAUGCCGAGAUCGCUGAGGCCAAGGCCAACGCCGCCAUCGCCAAGCCCAAGGGACUCGCAGCCAGCAGAUUUGCCAACGCAGAGGAGGGCGACGACGCCGCCGCUGCGAAGGAUGAUGCGGCGGAAGGUGAGGAGAUUGAUGAUCAUUCCUCAGUAGCACUUGCUUCGAUAAGUAAGGCUAGACUGACGGCCAAGCAAAUGGAUACCCUCGAUAGGGAGAUGAGGGAUCGUAACUUGCAGCUGUUGAAGUCGAUCACGGACGUCAAGUCGCCCGCUCUGGGCUCUGACCGACAGUACAACUAA